AACACUUGUUAUUAUUCCCUUCACCUUUAAGAUCAACAACAUAUAUUAUUAUGGCUGAACAGCACCACCACCACCACCUCUUCCACCAUCAGAAGGAGGAUGAACAGACCAUGGAUGCCACCGGCACCGAGGUUGAUUACAAGAAGGAAGAAAAGCACCACAAGCACCUUGAACAACUUGGUGAAAUGGGAGCUGUAGCUGCUGGUGCUUAUGCCUUGCAUGAGAAGCAUAAGGCAAAGAAAGAUCCGGAGCAUGCUCACAAGCACAAGAUAGAGGAGGAGGUAGCGGCCGCCGCUGCCGUUGGUGCCGGAGGAUUUGCCUUCCAUGAGCACCAUGAGAAGAAAGAGGCAAAGAACGAAGAGUAUGAGGAGACUCAUGGAAAGAAGCAUCAUCUCUUUGGUUAAAAAAUAAAAGAAGAAGAAAGUGAGAGGGAGAAGAAAAAUAAAAGAGGGUUUAUGUGGGUUUUUGUUUUGGUGUGAAUAUGUUUGUGUUUGUCUUAAGCUUUCAUAAUUUUAAUAAAAAUAGUAAUGAUAUGUGUUUGUAAUUAUUGACUUUAAUGUCUCUACAUAUAACAUGAAGUCAAAAAUAAUACUA